AUGAGUUCUCCUAGAAGCCAACCAUCACCCGAUAAUGUUCAGACAACUCCUAUAAUAGCACCGACACCUCAGACACAACAGACGGCACAACAAUCCCAACCCCCGCAGUCAGGGGCACCUCAACAGCCAAAAAGCGUGUCGAUGCCCAUCGUUGCCAUUCCAGUCAACUGUCCGCCAGGACUCGAGUAUCUCUUAGUUGUCGAUCAAUUGCUGAUCAAACAAAUCGUUGAAAUUCUGGAAGUGUUCACAACUUUCGAGACAAAUAAUAGGUAUGACAUCCAGAACAAUAUGGGACAACACGUGUUCUAUGCGGCAGAAGAGACCGAUGUUAUAACGCGUCAGUUUUGCGGACCCAGCCGUGCGUUUGAGAUGUCCAUCUAUAGUGUCACCAAACAAGAGUACAUGCAAGUGGAGGCGCCGCCCGGAAAUAUCAUCGGACAUGUGGUGCAGGACUGGAGUUGUUUG